AACUCCAGCAAGUUGAACUCUUGAUUAAUUCAAUGGGACAGAACCAAGUAGAUGCAUCACAAAUGCAAGGGAUGGAUUCAGGGGAAAAACGACUUAAUGAGCUUGGUUACAAGCAAGAACUCAGAAGAGAAAUGACGUUGUUCAAAACUCUUGCAAUAUCAUUCUCGACGAUGACACUUUUCACCGGAAUCACUCCUUUGUAUGGUUCAAGCCUUGCAUAUGGAGGUCCUGCAACCCUUGUGUGGGGUUGGGUGGUAGUAUCAUUUUUCACCUGGUUUGUAGGACUUGCAAUGGCAGAGAUCUGUUCAUCUUUCCCAACUACAGGAUCUCUUUACUUCUGGGCUGCUCACUUAGCUGGUCCCAAAUGGGGUCCUCUUGCAUCAUGGUGUUGUGCUUGGCUUGAGACCAUAGGGCUCAUUGCCGGCAUAGGUACUCAGGCAUAUGCAGGAUCUCAAACACUACAAAGUAUCAUAUUACUAUCCACCGGGACAAAUAAAGGUGGAGGGUAUUUUGCACCAAAGUGGUUAUUCUUAUGCAUGUACAUUGGCCUCACUCUUAUAUGGGCCUUUCUCAACACAUUUGCGUUAGAAGUGAUUGCCUUCAUUGAUAUAAUAUCGAUAUGGUGGCAGGUCGUUGGAGGGACAAUUAUUGUUAUAUUGCUUCCCCUUGUAGCACUUACAACACAGUCUGCGUCAUACGUGUUCACAAACUUCGAUGUGGCCCCUGAGCUGACAGGAAUAUCAAGCAAGCCUUAUGCAGUGAUUCUAUCCUUUCUUGUUAGUCAGUAUUCAUUAUAUGGAUAUGAUGCUGCAGCACAUCUAACUGAGGAAACCAGAGGAGCAGACAAGAAUGGUCCUAUUGCUAUUCUAACAAGCAUCGGUAUCAUUUCAGUGUUUGGAUGGGCAUACAUCUUGGCCCUCACUUUCAGCAUUCAGGUUUGUAUUUCCUCUCAGGAUUUUAGCUACCUGUAUGAUCCCACCAAUGAGACUGCAGGAGCAUUUGUGCCUGCUCAAAUUCUCUAUGAUGCAUUUCAUGGGAGGUAUCACAGUUCCACUGGAGCCAUCAUUUUACUAUGCAUCAUUUGGGGUUCAUUCUUCUUUGGUGGACUUUCAAUUACCACUAGUGCUGCGAGAGUGGUGUAUGCUCUAUCAAGAGACCAAGGGGUUCCAUUCUCUUCCGUAUGGCGAAAAAUACACCCAAAACACAAAGUUCCUUCCAAUGCUGUGUGGCUCUGUGCAGCCAUCUGCAUUCUCCUUGGACUUCCAAUCUUAAAAGUCAAUGUAGUCUUUGUUGCCAUAACUUCCAUAUGUACGAUUGGAUGGGUAGGAGGUUAUGCAGUUCCGAUCUUUGCAAGAAUGGUAAUGCCUGAGAAGAACUUCAAAGCCGGGCCAUUUUAUUUGGGCAGUUUCAGCAGACCAAUAUGCUUGGUCGCCUUCCUGUGGAUUUGUUACACUUGUUCUGUCUUCCUCCUCCCCACUUUCUACCCAAUUUCCUGGAAUACAUUCAAUUAUGCACCUGUUGCUUUGAGUGUGGGUUUAGGUCUGAUAAUGCUUUGGUGGGUGUUAAGUGCAAGGAAGUGGUUCAAAGGACCUGUUAGAAACAUCGAAACUGAUCAUAGUGGAAAGGUUUGAACAUUUACAUCAAGAGUUCUUGUAUAAGUUGGUUCUGGCUUUUCAUCUUUUAAGUUCCUAGCAUUGUCGACUUUUGGAUAAAUUGUAGAAUCACUUGACAAACCUGUCCAAGGAUGUAACCUCUCAACUUGAGAAAGGGAAAGCAGAGCAUUAGUACCUUUUAUUUUCGGAUGGAUGGAUGCUUAAAACUUCUGGUUUGUUUGUUCAUGCUAAGUAGAAUCCAUAUCAGCU